AUGGACACCCGGUCCACUUCAAGCAGCAUGUCUUCGACGCAGCAGUCGCCCACCAGCAAGAUUGUGCCGCCGGCGCCGAAACCCGUCAAGACGGCGUCAACCGACGUGUUCCUGAAGGACUUCACCCUCGUGGCCGAGGCGGCGAAGCGGGCGCAAAUGGCGGUACUGAUGCGAGACUUUGAGAGUGUCGGGCUGAAAUAG